UCGCGGUGUUAAUUUGACACUGACGUUACCUCAAGUGAACAGGGUGAUUUUCUCUAAAGGAGUAAAGUCAAUUUGUAAAUUUCCCCUUGAAGUUUGGAUGUUAUGAUACUUAUUUGCAACCUAUGACCACAAAAAUUGCAACAGUAGCCAACUUGGCUUUUCAUGCAUUUCAACAGCAUUCAGUACGUGCUACAUUGGGCCCAGCAUCAGCUAAUAUUAACAAUGGGAUGGGAGAUUCUCAUCCUUGUAUAAAUGGCAAUUCUCCGACACAUUCUGACAAACCCGUUUCCCCAACUCUUCCGGUAAAACAUAAACAGUUAUCGGAAUCUUUAUGUCGUUUGUUAGCAUGUGUUCGCUCUCUUACUCCAAAAGAUGUUGGCUUUGAUGUUCGAUGGAUCUCUGAUUCAAAUAUAUCAUCUGCUCCAGUCGCUUAUGUGCAUAUUAUGGAAAAUGAAGUAUUUUCCAUGGGUAUUUUUAUUUUGAAACCUGGCUCUCGUAUACCCUUACAUGAUCAUCCGGGAAUGUAUGGGAUUUUAAAAGUUUUAACCGGUUCUGUACGAUGUCGUAGUUUCACACGAUUAAAAAAUGUCAAAUCAACAACAGAUUUAGGAAAUUAUAAACCAUCGUUAUCGGUUUUUGAUGAUUCAAAAUGGCAAUUGACCGAUUUAAUCAUUGCUCGACCACAUCAAGAUACAGUCCUAUGUCCAGAUCAUCAACCUUGUUUACUUUUUCCAAUUGAAGGUAAUUUACAUGAAAUUACUCCAGUUGAUGGUCCAGCAGUUUUUCUCGAUAUACUAGCUCCUCCAUAUGAUCAUGAUUUAGGCACUAGAGAAUGUCGAUUUUAUAAAGAAGUUAUCAUACCACAAAUGAAUUCUAAUUCAUUAUUAUCACAGAACAACGUGCAUAAUAAUAAUAAUAAUAAUAAUAAUAAUAAUAAUAAUGAACUCUCAUCUUCAGCUGAUUCUUCAGAUCUUGAUCUAUGCUCAAAUCAGCCAGAAAAAGAUUCAGUUGUUUAUUUAGUUGAAACAAAUCAACCAUCAGAUUAUUGGUGUGAAUCUGCAGAAUAUAAUGGACCUAGUGUAGUUUAAUAUUACUAAAAUGUAUGUUUUUUGCUAGAAAGAAAAUAUUGAAUUUUUUCUCUUAUGGUUCUUUAAUUCUACUACUACAUCAGCUUAUUCACAUUCAGUAUUUCUAAGAACCUACUAGCCUCAUUAUUAUUAUUAUUAUUAUUAUUAUUAUUAUUAUUAUUCUCAUGGCAUUUUUCCACGGUUCAUCCAAAUUUGAAUAUUUCAAUCUCCUUGCUUCUGUUACUCUCUAUUCCUAUUUUGCUCUUUCUUUACUUAGAUAAUAAUAAAAUCAGUUUAUAAUUUGAUGUACAAAUUCACUUCACCUCAUUUUCUUUUUUUAAUCAUCAUCAUACUACUACUGAUCAAUCUAAUAUUCGGUAUUAAUUUUCACACAUCAAUAUACCCAUUCUGUGUUUUUGUUGCCAUGUCUUUUCGGUGAAUACCGUCAUGUUUAGUUUAUUCUUGCUUUUGUUUACAUUUUAAGUAUUUAAAGAAAUCUAUGUUCUUGUUAUUAUUAUUAUUAUUAUUAUUGUGGUUUUUCAUGGUGAAAACAAAACACAGAGAAAAUCAUUGUAUAUGCUGCACCCCUUGUUAAUUCAUGCUCUCAUAGCAUCAUUCUACUAAAGUUAUUUCCUUGUUUGAUGACUAUACUACUGUUGUUAGUAGUGGUAAUCUAUUCAUCAGAUUAUUGUUUCAUGCGUACAAUCAAAUAUUUUACUGCCUUUGUUUUUUCUCCAUAUACCCCCCCAAAAAAAAAAUAUUUUAUUUCUCGUAUGUGAUUUUUGUGGUCAAAUCCAGUCACAGUACUUUUCGUUGUGGUGGUAGUAGUAGUAGUAGUAGUGGUAGUAAUAACCAACAUCAAAGUUAUCCCUUCCAUAUUUAUCUCAUUUCGUUACUGAGUACUAAAACACUAUCUGUAAUAUACACUUAUAAAUAUGCAUAAAUUUAUGUAACAAUUUAAAAACUAUACACACUUCAUACAUUAUCAAAGCUGAAAUGAAAAAAAGAAGAGAAGGACAAUAAUAUGUUGAUUGAUGUAUAUUUCAACGAGUGUUAAAUACCACACUUGAUUGUAUCUAUAUUAUUUACUGUAAUGAAGAUAUACGCAUACAAUAAAUGUUCUUUUAUGUGUUAGUGUACGUAAAAUUUCUACACUUAGAAUAGUUUCUUGUUAGCCCCCAAAUGCCCUGGUACGGCCGACAGU